AUGGGAAUCGGGUCAAGUCGUCAUGACAAACGACAGGGAUGCUGGUCAUGGGGAGGAUCAUCCAACGGAGAAAUGAAACGACCGAACAAGUUGCCAUCAAAAUUGAGAUUGAAAAUAAGUGGAAAUCAACGUCGCCGUCGCGAGGACACAUUUGUCGUGUGGGAGGAAAUUCCAACACCGUCGGUAUGCGAUCAUCGGGACACAAUGAAUUCCGAUGCAUCGUCAAGUCCCCAGUCGGCUCCAACCCAAGAGCGGUUGAUGCAGAAGCUCACCAUAUAUAUCCACUUUCAGCUCAAUUAUCUCAAUUCCUAUGAGAGAUAUCAAUAA